AUGGGUAGACGUGGUCAAACUCAAUCAAACUCAUCUACAAAUGCUGAUGCUGAAGCCGCUCUCCAAGACCGAUUACCAUCCUCUAUUGACGAUCCUAGUCCGUUGACAUCAGAUUUAGAAGGUCUCGUCGGAUCCAUUGAAAGUCUUUUGAAAGACACAGUUGAAGAAGAAGCCAUCCUUGAAGUGCUCCUUGAACGUCUUGCUAUCCUGAUCGCCCUCCGGGAAGCUCCACCCGAUCCACCUCAACAAGGCCGAGCUGCGAAGAAGCGCAGGAUAGAGCACACCUCGGCUGAGCCGAUGGACUCACCAGCUUCUUCAUCUCUUCUCGAACCUCCGGUCUCUUCUACAAGUCGUACAUCAUCACCUGCUCCACUUCAUCUCACGCAACCUUUAAAUCCUCGAUCAUCUCAGGUCGUGUCUCGCGCUACAACUCCAAUCUUGUCAGAUCAACCAUCAACAGCAACAACAACAACAACAACGAACCGUCGAGACACUAGACAAGGGGUGAAUAAAUCGACUCGAAUGGCUGCUUUACGUGAUCAACUUCCACUCUUACCUGGUCGACUUGUUGCUUUUAAACGUCCGAGAAAACCUUCUGAUGCUGCUCGUUCCACCGAUGCAGAGUGGAUCAUGGCUCGAGUAGUGAGAUGUAUUUCAAAUGACAAGAACCGCUACGAAGUGGAAGAUGUAGAUGUAGAAGGAAGUUCCUCAGAGGCCGACACCUCAAACAAUGUACGAAAGGUAUCAUGGAACACGACCUUAAAAUCAAUUAUUCCAUUACCAGUGGUCGACAAACCUGAAACAUUCCCUACAGUUCCAUUACCACCUGGAACAGAUGUCUUAGGACUUUAUCCUGAUACGACGACUUUUUAUUUAGGUAAAAUCGAAUCAGUUCCCACUCAAAAGAGUCGAAAAUAUAAAUGGGAAUGGAACAUGUGGUUCAAUUUAGUUAAAUCCAAAUCCAAACUUUGA